CUCCAGGCGCCGGCGCUUCCGGGUUGGCAGCAUUUGAGGCGGUGGCGGCCCAGGAGCUGAACCCCGGGAGGCGCAGGAACCCCAGCUGCAGGCCCGGGGGAGCUGGAGUCUACGAAGGGCCCGGCGCGGGCGCGCCCGCGAUCCACACCUCGCCGGGCGCCCCCAGAGGCUUCAUGCUUCUUGGUUUCCAAAGAAAAUGGCAGAAGCAGCAGCAGAGCCCCCCGGGCAGCUUGUUGUGCACUCAGACACUCACAGUGACGCUGUCCUGGCCAGCUUGGAGGACCAGAGGAAGAAGGGCUUUCUCUGUGACAUCACUUUAAUCGUGGAGAACGUGCAUUUCCGGGCCCACAAAGCCUUACUGGCGGCCAGUAGUGAAUACUUCUCCAUGAUGUUUGCUGAAGAGGGGGAGAUCGGCCAGUCCAUUUAUAUGCUGGAGGGCAUGGUGGCCGACACAUUUGGUAUCCUGCUGGAGUUUAUCUACACGGGUUAUCUCCAGGCCAGCGAGAAGAGUACAGAACAAAUCCUGGCAACUGCUCAGUUCUUAAAAGUCUAUGACCUGGUAAAGGCUUACACGGACUUUCAGAAUAACCAUAGCUCUCCAAAGCCAGCGACGUUGAACACAGCUGGUGCUCCAGUGGUGGUUAUUUCUAAUAAGAAAAAUGAUCCGCCGAAGCGGAAACGGGGAAGACCAAGAAAAGUCAACAGUUUGCAAGACGGGAAAUCGGAACUGGCUGCGGAGGAAGAAAUACAGCUGAGAGUGAACAACUCAGUUCAGAACAGACAAAACUCUGUGGUUAAAGAGGGAGACAAUGGGGUACUGGAUGAACAGACCGUAGCGAAAGAAAUGGAAGAAUCUGAGCCUGCUUGUGAGCCAGGUAGAGGGGAGGGAACACCCGCUGAAAAAGAUGAGAACUGUGAUCCUAAGACCCAAGAUGGGCAGGACCACCAGACUCGGUACAGCAAGCGGAGGAUUCAGAGAUCCAUCAAACUGAGAGAUUACAAACUUGUUGGGGAUGAAGAAGAUCAGGGGUCAGCCAAGAGGGUCUGUGGAAGGAGAAAGCGCCCCAUUGGCCCUGAGGCCCGUUGUAAAGACUGUGGCAAAGUCUUCAAGUACAAUCACUUUUUAGCAAUCCACCAGAGGAGCCACACGGGGGAGCGACCUUUCAAAUGUAAUGAGUGUGGAAAAGGCUUUACCCAGAAGCACUCCCUGCAGGUCCACAGCCGGAUUCACACAGGCGAGCGGCCAUACACCUGCACUGUGUGCAGCAAGGCUCUCACCACCAAGCACUCGCUGCUGGAGCACAUGAGCCUGCACUCAGGACAGAAGUCUUUUACCUGUGAUCAGUGUGGAAAAUAUUUCAGCCAGAAAAGACAACUAAAGAGCCAUUACCGAGUCCAUACAGACGUAUUUGUCGUUAUAGAAGUCCUGUUCCCAGCAGGCCUCCAGGGCUCCAAGAUGGCGGAAAGAGGCACUGACACUUUUUUUAUUGUUGCGACAAGGCCACUCAUUACCGGAAUGCAACCACUGCCAUCGCAAAUUCAUGGACGUGUCUCAACUAAAGAAACACCUACGAACACACACAGGGGAGAGAAGCCAUACUCCUGUGGCAUAUGUGGCAAAUCCUUCUCUGACUCCAGCGCCAAGAGGAGACACUGCAUUCUGCACACGGGCAAAAAGCCUUUCUCCUGCCCUGAGUGUCACUUACAGUUUGCUCGUUUAGACAACCUGAAGGCUCACUUGAAAAUCCAUAGCAAAGAGAAACAUGUAGCGGAUGCCAGCAGCAUUUCCAGCAAUAAUAAUACUGAAGAGGUCAGGAAUAUUCUUCAGCUGCAGCCGUAUCAACUCUCUACCUCUGGAGAGCAGGAAAUACAGCUUCUUGUAACCGAUUCUGUACAUAACAUCAAUUUCAUGCCUGGUCCUAGCCAAGGAAUCAGCAUCGUCACUGCAGACAGUUCCCAGAGCAUGACUGCAGACCAGGCUGCUAACCUCACGCUGCUCACACAGCAGCCAGAACAAUUACAGAAUUUAAUUCUUUCAGCUCAACAGGAGCAAACGGAACACAUCCAGAACCUCAGUGUGAUUGAAAGCCAGAUGGAACCCUCGCAGAGCGAGCCAGUGCACGUAAUCACACUUUCCAAGGAAACCUUGGAGCAUCUGCACGCCCAUCAGGAGCAAACAGGGGAGCUCCAUUUAGCAAGUGCUGCACAUCCGGCUCCGCACCUGCAGCUGACGCAGGAGUCUGCUCUGCCACCACCCAGCCCCCAGGUGCCACAGCCCACACCGCUGAGCCAGGAGCAGAGCUGACCUGGAAACACGUCUGACUGCUCUGCUGCUCUCUUCUCCAUAUGCCAGCUAUACCUGGAUUGUGGGCUUGACGUCAGGCUUCCUGAAAUGCUUGCUUACAGGCCCUUGCAGAGAUGUCGCCAGCUGAUAGCUAUAAUGCUUUCCACCCAGGCAGCAAGAUGUGUGUAUCAUGUCCCAUCUAUAGUACUGAUAGAGAUUUAGCAUUUUACUAUUGACAGUGGUUUUCAUUUCAUCUACUACAUCUCAUUAAGACUUGGGUAAUUUUUCUUUGGGAUAUCAAUUUAGACUUUUCCAUAAGUACUAAAAGCUCACAGCCAUAGGUUCUUGUCUUGCUGACCUUUCCAGUUACAUUUUUUAUUUUUUUAGGGCAAGGAAGUCAUAUGUUGAAUUAGGUAGAAUGGCUGGUUCCACUUCCUUAUUUCUCAUAGGCAGCACUAUUGCCUCUACAAGACAAGUCGAACUCCCAGACCUGCAAAGAUACUUGAUCUUCAUAAUGAAGUUAGAGCUUUCUUAAUUGUCCUGGAAUAAUUUUAUUCGACAUAAUUUGUGUUAAAUAUACUGAAUUGUAAUUGACCUCUGAAGAUGUUGACCUGUGUAUUAUGUCUGAUAAAUUUCUGGAUAGGAACCUAUAAGCUAUUUUUAUUGCAAAGUAGGUUAAAUUCCAUAAAAUGGGCACAUUAUUUUUAAAAAUAAAUAUUUCUUAAAAUCGUUGAGCCUCAGAGAAUUAGUAGCCAACAUAUAUCUGUAAUUAUUAUAUGACUUUAGAUAAUUGUCAAAAGAUUAAAUUAUGCUUGGGUUAGAUUUUCCCAACCCAGCAUAUUUUAUUUUAUUGACUACUUGGACUGCUUUCUCUCAAGUAAGUUAGUAGAGAAUUUUUGAGAAACGAAGUGGGCACUGGUAUAUGUAAGUUAAUGCUGGUGGAGAGUAGGGGUGAUUUACCCUAAAAUUAACAGGAUCAUCACAUCACCUGUUUUCUUAUUUUAGCCACCUUUGAUUUCCACCUGAAUCAAAUUAAGUUUGGAGGUUAAAGUAAUACAGAAUUGCUCAGGUUUGAGAGGAGGUGAAAGCAUUUUUCGAACAUAUUUGCCAAAAUAUGUUUUAUUAUAUACUAGGGGCCCGGUGC